AUGACCGAAACGACCGAAACGACCUCCCCAUCGCCGAUCCACCCCUUCUACCGCCUCUGGUUCACUCGCCUGGACCCGAUCAUGACCGCCGGGUCGAUAUACAUCACUUACGUCCACCCAGAGAUCGUCCUCGCGAGCCUCAAUCCGACAUACCGCUCGCCGCCCGGCCCGGAGACCAUCGCCCUUCUCGACCUCAGCGGCGCUUUAUUCUGCGUCUGUCUCCUCCUGCAGCUGGGCUUACUCCGCGCGCGGCCCGCCGACGUCGUGGUGUGGCAUUACUACGCCGUGCCGGUGGGUCUCGUCGACGUGAUCAUCUGUGCUGCCAUUCUGAGGGGGUUGAGCGCGCAGGGCAGGCUGGCCGUCCAGGCGUGGAGGGUCGAAGAGUGGAUGAACUUGGGACUUACGGCCGCGUGCGCGGUUGUCAGGGCGGCAUUUGUGCUGAGGAUUGGGGUUGGUCUUAGGGCCGCGAAGGCGGAUGAUGACGUGAAGUCGGAGGAGGAAAAGACGAGGAGGAAGAUGAUUUGA